UGAGAAACACAAAAGUGGUUGGGGACUACCGUGUCGAAAGAUAUCUGCAAGUGAAUAAAUAAUGCCUUCCAUUUCUCUUUCAAUGUUUUUUUUUUUUUAUAAAUCUUUCAUUGAUAUUCCUAAUAAUUCUCUCGCUGCAUUCUGUUUAAUUAUCAUACACAUUAUUAUUAUAGCAUCUGAUGGAGCCCGUUCGCACUGAGGGGUGUCUCGGUGUCCAACAGGAAGGGAUUUUUGUACCGUUGACAGAUGAGGCUGUACCUCUGAUCAUUGGCCGAGACACUUUCUCUCUCCCUGACCCCUUCACUGAGUCCAGAAGCUGCGGCCGGGAGCUGAUGAUUGAGCAGCAUUAGAGAACGAGGGAUAAGAGAAAAAGCGCUCGCACGUCACUGGUGAAGGUGGAUCAUAACAUGUGCCAAUACCUAUAAAGCGCGAGCGCGCGAGAUGCACAGAAGACGCACAGCUCACCUAAGAGGCUCUCGAAGUUUCACUGGAUAUCUUCGCUAUGAUUUUACGCUCUUCCUGAGAUAUCCAAUGAGCGCGUGAAAAGGAUCUUCUUGCUCGUUACACAACUUUUGGAGGCGCUCCAUCAAGAAGAAACCAUCACUGGAACAACACGCACAGGCGCACGUGGAUUCUUUGCUUUCUUUCUUUUUUUUUUUUUUUUUUUGGCUUCGUUCAACGCCGGAGAUGUUCGGGCACGAUAUCUGCCUCGUGUCCGCGUUGCUGGCGGCUGCCGGUGCUGUCUUACCGGCUCUGCUGUUGCUUGUGGUUUCGCGGCUGCUGUGGGAGUUCAGGUGGAGCAUCACUCGGGACCGGACGUGUAAACUCCCUCUCCCGCGGGGCUCCAUGGGCUGGCCGCUCGUCGGAGAAACAUUUCACUGGCUUUUCCAGGGAUCCAGUUUUCACAUCUCCAGACGCGAGAAACACGGAAAUGUUUUUAAAACUCACCUUUUGGGCAAACCCCUCAUCCGAGUGACCGGUGCAGAAAACAUCCGUAAGAUCCUGCUGGGUGAACACACACUGGUGUGCACGCAGUGGCCCCAGAGCACACGCAUCAUCCUGGGGCCCAACACGCUGGUGAACUCAGUUGGUGACCUGCACAAGAGGAAGAGAAAAAUCCUUGCAAAAGUGUUUAGCCGCGGGGCGCUGGAGGCCUAUCUGACUCGUCUUCAAGAUGUCGUCAAGUCUGAAAUUGCUAAGUGGUGCUCUGAGACCGGGCCUGUGGACGUUUACGCCGCAGCCAAGUCACUCACUUUCCGCAUUGCAGUGCGAGUCCUGCUCGGCCUGCGUCUGGAGGAGCAGCAAAUCACUUCUCUCUCCAAAAGCUUCGAGCAGCUCAUGAACAACCUCUUUUCUCUUCCCAUGAACAACCUCUUUCUCUUUCCGAUAGUCACUUUAAGUGGAAUCAGGGCCCGUGAGAUUCUGCACUCUGCCAUGGAGAAGAUCAUAGAGGAGAAACUGAAAAAGCAGCAAACCAGUGAUUACUGUGAUGCUUUUGACUAUAUGCUGAGCAGCGCGAAAGAAGAUGACUAUGAGCUUACGAUGCAAGAGCUCAAGGAAACGGCAGUAGAGUUAAUCUUCGCUGCUCACUCCACCACUGCCAGUGCAUCGACAUCCCUCAUCCUGCAGCUGCUGCGUCAUCCAGACGUGAGUGAGCGCGCCAGAGCAGAGCUGGAAAGCGAGGGGCUGAUCGGCGACUCGCACGGAUACUGCCGCUCUCGUUGCCAUGGGAAUGUCAUCAGCGAGGAAAGCGAUGCUGCUGAGAAGAGCACCAGCGAGUGGAGAUCGCCGAUGAAUAAAACAACGUGUUUUGAAGCAGGGGACAAAGAAGAGGUGCGCCGCUCUCGGACCCACGUCCCUUACCUGAGUUUGGAGAAACUGAGUCAACUUUCUUACCUGGACUGUGUGGUCAAAGAGGUGCUUCGGUUUCUCCCACCGGUGUCUGGCGGAUACAGGACAGUCCUGCAAACAUUUGAAUUAAAUGGUUAUCAGAUCCCAAAGGGCUGGAGCGUAAUGUACAGCAUCCGGGACACACACGAGACGGCAGAAGCAUAUCAGAACCCAGAGCUCUUCGACCCAGACCGGUUCUGCGCAGAUCGAAAUGAGAGCAAAACCGACCGCUUCAGUUACGUCCCGUUCGGAGGCGGUGUGAGGAGGUGCAUCGGCCGGGAGCUCGCUUUGAUUGUGCUCAAAACUCUCGCAGUAGAGUUGCUCGCCACGGUUGAUUGCACUCUGGCAACAGAAACAUAUCCAAGGAUGCAGACGGUGCCAAUCGUGCAUCCGGUCAAUGGACUGCAUGUGUUUUUUAACUACAGAACCCACGGAGUUGAGAGAAAUCGGAGGGAGUCCACGCAUAUAUAGACAAAAAAAAAAAAAAACUUCUUUUAGACACUGUACCACGUAGAACACCAAUAUAUGUCGAACCGCUUUUGGGAAUCGUAUGCAUUUUCUUUUCUAAUGUUUAUGUAAAGCAAACCAUCUGGAAAAGUAACUUAAACCUGUGUAAAAGUCUGUUAGAUUUGAAUAGCCAAGCCAUUGUGAUGCGCAUGAGAGAAACAAAAAAAAUAUAUAAAAACAGAAACGCAUUUAAAUUCGUGUAUUCUUUCAUCUCGACCUUGUAUGUGAUAUAUAAACAAAACCUGUUUUUGUUUUAUGAAAUGAAGUAGGAACACAGAUAAGCUCUAUUUAUAUAUUUUUUUCUCAAGUAAAUAGGAUAGCUCACUAAAUACAAUUUACAUUAUGCCACUUUCUAGUUUCUAGGCCACUGUACUACUAAAAUGACUAGUUAUCUAUACGUGCUGUCCUUGCGGCUUUAGUACUUACAGAAGUUACAUAUUGCUUUAAACCAUGUAAAUAGGUGACUAAUGCAUAGUUAUUUGUUUUUAUCAUGAAUGUAAGCUGUGAAAAAUGACCCUUGCGCUGUGAACUGGGGUAUCAGUUUAAAUACAGGGAAGGAGAAAACAAGCAGCACUUUUCUCCAAAUUAGGAGUAUGUGUGUAUACGUGUUGUAUAUGUUUAAUACUUGUGUAAUACUUCUUGUAGUUCCUGUGCUCGUGUGUUCGUCUUGUUGAAUAGUGCUCAUGUUAAUUUUAUAUCUUUUAUGGUAUCUAUUUUGAAAUGUGUUUUUGGAGCCCUGCUAUAGUGUUUAAGAUGUCUCUGUUCAAUAAAAAGACUUGACGUGUUCAUUU